AUGGUCGCCGCGGAGGCCCCGUCGGGGGAGGAGGGCGGCCUGGUGCGCUCGGACGCCACGCAUCAGUAUCUUUUCGCGCGGGUCUGCGAUUUCCUCGCCGCCGGCGACGCCGCCCGGGCGGAGGCGCUGCAGCGGCAGCUCACGGCGCACUUCGCAGAGGCCUCGGCGAACUUCCUGGCGGUGCACCGGAUGCUCCUCGGGGGCGGCGCGCACGCCCUGUUGUUUGUCUUUCAGCCCCUGGAGGGGGAAAAGGACGGCGCCGAGGACGUCCUGCGGGUCUUCGACCUGGCGGGGGGCGAUUUGCCGCCGCUGCGGCGGCGCGCGGUCUUCGUGCUGCGGCCGCGGACCCGCCGCGGGAUCGGCCUGCGCGACGUCGCCCAGGCGGUGGGCGACCUGACGAUGGGGCUGCUCCCCGCCGACGUCCUGACGAGCUACGAGCACCUCCUGACGGAGGUCUACACCCCCCUCCUGAGCCGGCUCCAGGCCUGGGGGGAUAACACCCCGGAGGCGCGAAAUCACUUUAUUGCGAGCCUCGGGCGCUACGCCGAUCGCGUGGCGGAGCUUCAGCGGCUGCACAGCGAGCCCGUCCGGCUAGAGGGGCUCGCGGCGAAGACGUGGGAGAUGCUCCAGGGCGGGGGGAUGCCGCGCCGCGGGGGCGGCUACGACGCCGAGCUCACCCAAACCCUCACCGCCGCCGUGCAGAAGUGGAUCGACGUCGUCAACGAGGUCGUCGGGCAGCAGCCGAACUACGAGGCGGAGCUCCUCGACGAGGCGGCGGGGCCGCGGACGGAGGUCGAGCUCUGGCGGAAGCGCCUCGCCUACUUGCAUUUGGUGGAGACCCAGCUCGACCGCGUCGCCGCCCCCCACGCGAUUCAGUACCUGCGCAAAGUCCACAGCCCCCUCGUCGCGACCUGGGGGGAGAUGGACGUCCGGCUCACCGAGGCCCUCGCGGAGGCCCGCGAGAAUGUGAAAUACCUCCAAUCCUUAGAUAAACACAUCGAUGUAUUAUACACGUCUAAUCUCGGCGAUAUCAUUAACGUGCUCCCGCCGCUCAUUUCGAAUAUCCGCAUGAUGUUCACCAUCGCCUGCUAUUACCCUACGCGAGAGCACAUGACGGCGCUGUUUUUUAAAAUCACAAACGCGCUCGUGUUGGCGUGUAAACGGGCGAUCAACCCGUCCGGAAUUCGCGCGCGGAUUUGGGAUAUGAUCCACACGCAGAGCUCGCUCAAGCAGAUUUUGGAGCCUCUGCAGAUGAACAUCCGGCUCAACGAGGUCUACGUCUCGGAAUACCGCAAGGCGCAGAACAUCCUGGAGAGCCAGGGAAGCAGCCGGCUCUUCGACUUCGACGAGCUUCGCUUUAUGGGGCAUUUUAACCUCUUUAUUAAGCGGGUGGAUAAGCUGUUGAUGGUCUUUCGCAAGGUCGAGCAGUUCGCCCUGCUGCGAGACUACCACAUCGACGCGAUGGAGAGCCUGAUCCCGCGGUUUGAGGACUACCUUGGGCACCUGCGCGGCAAGACCACCGACAUCCUCGACAUCCACGACAACAACAAGUUCGACGUCGAGUUCAAAAUCUUCGAGACGCGGCUGGUCGAGCUGGAGACGUCGAUGCAGGUCGCGAUCAACUCCUCCUUCGAGAACAUCACCUCGACGGAAAAGGCGCUGAUGCUGCUGAGCAAGUACAAAAUGAUCCUGCAGUCCGAGACCUUCGCGGCGGACCUGGAGUCGAAGUACCUCGUUAUCUUCCACAGCUAUGGCCUGGAAUUAGAGAAGGAUCAGAAGACCUACGAGCGGUGCAAGGCGAACCCGCCGAUCGCGCGGAAUACGACGCCGGUGGCGGGCGCGAUCAGCUGGGCCCGGCAGCUUCUUCGCCAUAUCAAAGGCCCGAUGGAUCGCUUUAAGGAUAACCGCACCGUCAUGGCGAACACAAAGGACAGCAAGAAGAUCAUCCGGACCUACAACAAAGUCUCCAUCGCGCUGCUCGGCUUCGAGGCGAUCUGGGUGGACGCGUGGAAGCGGUCGAUCGAAUCGCAGAAGGCGGGCCUGAAGGCGACCCUCCUUGUCCGCCACGAGGGGCGGCUUUACGUGAACUUCGACAACGAGAUCCCGCAGCUGAUUAAGGAAACCCACGCGCUGAUGUUGUUAGGGGAUAUUGAGAUCCCCGCGGCCGUUCGCACGCUGCCCUUGCAGGAGCAGAAGCUCAACACCUUCUACAACGAGCUCAACUACCUCGUACGGGAGUACGAGCACGUCGUGGGCCGGCCCGGAGGGGAGCGGUGCAAAAUCAUCGGCAUCACCCGCCCGCUUUUGCAGCCCAUCAUCGACGCCUUGGAUGCGAUUUUCCGCCCAGGCGAGACGACGCUGACGUGGAGUUCGAUGAACGUCGACGCCUACCUCGAGCGCGUCCGCGCCGCCAUCGACGCCGUCGACGCGUUGGUGGCCAAAAUCAACGACAUCAUCGCCAAUCGCAUCCAGUGCAACCUCAAGACGGUCUCCCGGAUGCUCCUGGUGAAUCUUUUCGAGGAGCACUUCUCGCUCGACCAGUUCGUCCAGCUCCAGGAGCGCUUUAUCCGCCAGCAGUGCGAGGCGAUGGAUAUCAAAAACCGCGAGAUCGAAAGCGCCGUCGACGACGUCAUCAACGCCAUUUUAAAGGGCAGCAAAGAACUCUUCAAGGGCAAGGAAAGCGACAUGACGGGGUCGCCGAUGAGCGGGCAAUUCUCCAGCCCCGACGCCAGCACCAGCCUCGUGGAUUACCACCUCCAACAGCAGGACCGCGAGACCCAGGAGAAGGUCACCACCCUCAAAGGCCACUUCAGCCACCUGAUGCUCAAGGCGAUUCUGACCUGCACCACGCGCUCGCUGAAUCUGCUGCGAAAGCGCGUCGGGACGAAGAAUCGGGUGACCUUUUUAUUCCAGGAAAAGCCCUUUUUUGACGUCGAUGUCCAGCUCAUCAACGCGGAGCCCUACGUCUUUCUGAACCCUUCCCUGGACGAGGUCCAGCGGACGAUUAACCAGUGCGCGACCGCCGUGCUCUCCUGCACGCGCUACAUCACGCGCUGGAAGGAUCUCCCGUCGGGGAACUCGUCCUUUCACGAGGACAUCGCAAAAAAUAAAGAAGUCGUCAAGGUCGUUCUGCAGCUCACCGGCAGCGUGCAUGGAUUGAAAAAGCACGUCAUGGAGUACCUCUCGCAUUUCCGCAAGUACGAGGGCCUCUGGAAGGAAAACCAAAACGAGACCUACACCGCCUUUUUGGCGACCGACCCCGUGCUCGACGAUUACGAGGCGAAACUUCAGAUGUUCGUCGCCCUCGAGCAUGAAAUACAGGAUCUUCCGCCCUUUUUCAAUAUUGGCAGCAUGUCUUUGCGGAAUAAACCCCUCAAGGACGAAAUCCUGCUCCGCACGAAGGAGUGGAAGGAGAUGUACAUCAACAAACUCUACGCCGUCUCCCAACACAAACUCGACUCCCUCACGCUGCGGAUGGAGGAGGAAUCGCGGCAGCUGAGUGUGAACCUCCCGGAUCAGGACAAACUCGAGGAGCUGCGAGUCCUGAUGAACACCUUGAAGGAUAUUCGCAACCGUGAAUCGCUGGUGGACUUUCAAUUCCAUCCCAUUCAGCAGGCCUAUGCGCUUUUACAGCGCUAUUCGAACGUGAUCCCGAAGGAGGAGGCCGAUCGCGUGGAUGAUUUGCGGUUUAAAUGGCGAAAUCUCCACCAGGCCGCCGGCCAGCGCACGGAUGAGAUCAACGCGAUGCAGUUUAACUUCAAAAAAGGCCUCACCCAGGAGGUGCAGAAGUUCGGUACGGAAGUCCUGGCCUUUCGCAACGACUACGACGCGAAUGGCCCGAUGGUGGAAGGCCUGCCCCCGCAAGAGGCGAUGGAGCGCCUGAAGCGCUAUCAACGCCAGUUCGACGACAAAUUUCGCAAAUGGCUCACCUUGAUGGCCGGGGAGGAGCUUUUUGGGCUGCCCUUGCACAAAUAUCCCGAGCUCGUCAAGACCAAAAAAGAGCUUGAGCUGCUGGAUAAGCUGUACACGCUCUAUAUUAACGUCCUGCAGAAGGUGAACGGGUAUAACGACAUCCUCUGGUGCGACCUCAACUUCGACGCGGUCUGCGAAGAGGUCAGCGUCUUUGUCAGCCAGUGCAAGCGGCUGCCGAAGUCCCUGCGGGAGUGGGACGCGUACAAAGUCCUGAAGCGAAUUAUUGACGAUUUUAUCGAGCUGCAGCCGAUUAUCGAGGAGCUAAAGAACCCCGCGGUGGUGGAACGGCACUGGCAGGAGAUUAUGAAGGUCACCGGGCAUAAAUGGCGAACCGAUCCCGACUUUUUCAAGCUGCAGGACCUCGUGGAUGCGAAUUUGCUCAGCGUCGUGGAUGAGGUGGUGGAUAUCGCGACCUCCUCGGUGCGGGAGGCCGAGAUCGAGGCGAAGUUCCGCGCGCAGGAGCUGCUCUGGAAGGAUCAGGAGCUUCACUUCUCCGAGUUCAAACAUCGUGGCCCGAUCGUGCUGAAAGGGGACGACACCACCGCCAUCCGAGAGGCCCUCGAGGAGUCCUCGCUUGCGGUGAACUCGAUGCUGUCGCUGAGGUAUUGCGCGUUUAUGCGGGACACCAUCCAAAGUUUUUUGAAAAAACUCGUCAAAGUGAGCGAAUCCAUCGCCUUAUGGACGGAAGUGCAGGCGACCUGGCAGUACUUGGAGGCCGUCUUCGCCGGCGGGGAUAUCAUGAAGCAGCUCCCACAAGAGGCCAAGCGCUUCGCGAUGAUCGACAAGCAAUGGCAAAAGAUCAUGAACAAAGCCAACGAGACCCCCAACGUCUUAGAGUUUUGCUACGAAAACGAGCUUUUGCAGAACUUCCCGAACCUCAAGGAGCAGCUCGACGAGUGCCAGCGGAAGCUGUCCUUGUAUCUGGAGCAGAAGCGCAACCUCUUCCCGCGCUUCUACUUCGUGUCGGACACGGUCCUGCUGGAGAUCCUCUCCCAGGCGAGCGACCCGCAGUCGAUUCAGCCGCAUUUGACCUCGAUUUUCGACGGCCUCGCCGCGGUGACCUUCGAGCGAGUGAAGCCGAAGGAAACCAACGCGCAGCCCUACAUGCAGAUCAUCGAGAUGACCUCCGGUGAGGGCCAAAGUCUGAUGAUGCGGGAGCCCACCCCCUGCGUGGGCAAUGUGGAGGAUUGGCUCACGCGGCUCUGCAAGGCGAUGACGGUGACCGUCCGCGAGGUCGUCAAGGCCAGCGUGACCGAGCUCGGGACGUUGUUGGCGAACACCAGCUACCUCGGGACGAUUAUCGAUCGCUACCCCGCGCAGGUUUCCCUGCUGAUGCUGCAGUUUUUCUGGACCGCCGACGUCACGGAGUGCAUCCACAAGGGGAUUAUGAGCAGCCGCGGGCGGGAAUCCGCCGCCUCGCGGGCGAAAUGCGAUGCCGUGAAGAACUUCCUCGUCAACCUCACCACCUCGCCCGAGCUGGAGAAGAAGCCGCUGCGGAUGCGCACCAACGUCGAGACGCUCAUUACCAUCCAGGUCCAUCAGCAGGAGGUCUUUAUCGAGCUCCAGCGCGCGUCGAUUAAGGACAUCACGCACUUUGACUGGCUUAAACAGGCGCGCUUUUACUACAAACCCGAGCGCGACCUCACCUUGAUCUCCAUCGCCGAUUCCGAUACGGAGUACUGCAAUGAAUACCUCGGCGUCAAGGAACGGCUGGUGAUUACCCCGCUUACCGAUCGCUGCUAUAUUACGCUUUCGCAGGCGUUGGCGAUGUAUAUGGGUGGGGCCCCCGCCGGCCCCGCCGGGACGGGCAAAACAGAAACCACCAAAGAUCUCGCGCGGACCUACGGGAAGUUCUGCGUGGUCUUUAACUGCUCCGACCAGCUCGAUCGGCAUGCGAUGGGGAAGAUUAUUCGCGGGCUUUCCCAGGCAAACGCCUGGGGAUGCUUUGACGAGUUCAAUCGAAUCGACCUCCCUGUCCUGUCCGUCGUCGCGCAGCAGGUGAGCUGCGUUCUGCAGGCCCUCAAACAGCACAAAGAGCGCUUUGUCUUUAUUGACGGGCAGAUGACGGAUUUGAUGCCCGGGGUGGGGUUUUUUAUCACGAUGAACCCGGGCUACGCGGGGCGCCAGGAGCUCCCGGAGAACCUCAAAAUUCUCUUCCGCGGCGUGACGAUGAUGGUGCCGGAUCGCCAAACCAUCAUGAAGGUGAAGUUGGCGGCCCAGGGGUAUAGCAAGGACGACUUGCUGAGCAAAAAGUUCUACAUCCUCUACAAACUCUGCGAGGAGCAGCUGUCCAAGCAGCGGCACUACGACUUCGGGCUGCGGAACAUCCUGUCCGUCCUGCGCACCGCCGGCGCGGUGCUGCGGAAGAACCCGAGCAAAGACGAGGAGGAUCUUUUCAUGCGCACCCUGCGGGACAUGAACCUCUCCAAGCUCGUCUUUGAGGACAUCGAGCUCUUCGACUCCCUCUUGCGGGAUAUGUUCCCGGGCCGGCAGGCCGCCAAGGGCUCCCACCCCGAGAUCGAGGGCGAAUUGAGGAAGUUAGUCGAGGGCAAAGGCCUGCUGUAUUGGACCCCGUGGGUCAGCAAAGUCCUGCAGCUCUACGAGACCAAACUCGUGCGGCAUGGGAUUAUGGUGGUGGGCCCCGCGAUGUGCGGGAAGACGCAGUGUUAUAACGCCAUGACGGAUGUUCUCUCGCGCACCACCGUCCCGCACCAACAACUCCGCAUGAACCCGAAGGCGAUCACGGCGCCGCAGAUGUUCGGCCGCGUGGACGUGUCGGGGGAUUGGCAUGACGGCGUCUUCUCCGCGCUCUGGCGCCAGGCCGUCCGGGCGGCGAAGAAGAAGAACGUCUGGAUCGUCUGCGAUGGCCCGGUCGACGCGAUCUGGAUCGAGAACUUGAACACGGUGCUCGAUGACAAUAAGCUGCUCACCCUGGCGAACGGCGAUCGCAUCCAGAUGACCGAUACGAUGAAGUGCUGCUUCGAGAUGGAGAAUCUGGCGAACGCGUCGCCCGCGACGGUCUCGCGGGCGGGGAUUGUCUACAUCUCGGACGUCAUCCUCGGCUGGCGCCCGGUGUUGGAGUCGAUGCUCCUCGCGAAGGUCCAAACCGAUGGGACGACCCUCCCGGCGGGGGUCCACAAGGUCUGCACCCCGCAGCUCGCGGAGCGGCUGUUGGCGAUGUUUGUCUCCACCACCGGCGACCCCGGCGGCGCCCUGCUCACGGACCAAAUCGCGGAGUUCUACGCGCGGGAAUGCCAAACGGUGAUGCGAACUUCCACGGCCCACCUCGUGCAAAACGCCUUUCACCUCGCGGUGGCCCUCGGGGAGGAGAUCGGGGAGGGCACCGCGGUCAACGAGACGCUGGUGGAGAAGAUCUACGCCUUUGCCAUGGCCUGGGCCUUCGGCGGGAUGCUCGAGACGAAGGAGCGGGCCCGCUUCGACCAGUUCGCCCGGACGAAAUUCCGCCACCUGCCGCCGCCGGACGGCAAUCUGAUCUUUGACUUCUCCCUCAAUUGCAAGACCGGGGACUGGGAGAGCUGGGGGAACUUCGUCGAGCCGUGGAAGUACCCGAGCGAUGACCGCUUGGACUUCUCCACGCUUUUCAUUCCCACCGCGGAAUCGGUCCGGCUGCACUACCUCACGCGGUGCAAUUCCAUCCAAAUGCGCCCGACGCUGCUGAUCGGGGUGAGCGGGACCGCCAAGACGGUCACGAUGGAGAAGUUUCUCGACAAGGCGAAGUCCAACGUCGAUCAGCGAAACUUCCGCAAGGUCAACUUCUCCUCCAUGACGACGCCGCAGAACUUCUACAACACGCUGGAGGAUAUGACCGAGAAGAAGAUGGGCAACACCUACGGCCCGAAGAAUUGCGAUGGCAUGACCGUCUUCAUUGACGAUAUCAACAUGCCCGAGAUCAACGAGUGGGGGGAUCAAAUCACGAACGAGAUCGUCCGCCAGGUGAUCGAGCUCAACCAGGUCUACGACCUGUCCAAGCCCGGGGUGUACAAACUCCUGAAGGGGAUGGAUUUUAUGGCCGCGAUGUCCCACCCCUCCGGGGGCAAAAACGACAUCCCCAACCGCCUUAAACGCCACUUUUCCAUCUUCAACGUCCCGCUGCCGGAGGAGAGCAACAUCCAGCAAAUCUUCGGCACCAUCUACGAAGGCCGCUUCUGCACCGCGAACUACGCGCAGGGCGUCCAGGACGUCGCGCGGAUGCUGACGACGAUGUCGAUCAGCUUCUGGGAGGCCAUUGUCAAGCGGAUGUUGCCGACGCCGGACAAGUUUCACUACUUUUUCAACCUGCGCGACCUGUCCAACAUCACCCAAGGGGUGAUGUUGGCCGGCAUGUUCGCCGACCCCGACCGCCCGGAGAAGCGCGCGCUGAGUAAGCCGUGGGAGAUCAUCACCGACCCGCUGCGGCUACUGCAGGUGUGGAAGCACGAGUGCUCGCGCGUCUUUAGCGAUAAGCUCAACAGCGUGCAGGACAAGAAGUGGUUCGACAGCAAUAUCCAGGACUGCAUCGCGACCCAUCUGGCGGGGACCCCGUACCGCCACCUCGUCGAGCAGGUCCAGGCCCCGGUGUAUAUGGCGAACUUCCUGCGCGAACCGAUCUACGACCCGGAAACCGGCGAGCAGGCGGAGCCCGCGCCGCGGAUCUACGAGCCCGCGCCCUCGAUGAGCGCGAUCCUCGACGCCCUGGUGACGGCGAUGAAGAACCACAACGAGACCCCCGCGGGGCGGAUUCGCAAGCUCAACCUCGUCCUUUUCGAGGCCGCGCUCAAGAACGUCUGCCGGGUCUCCCGCGGGCUUUCGAUGCCGCGGGGGAAUCUCAUGCUGGUCGGGGUCGGGGGGAGCGGAAAGCAGUCCCUGGCGCGGCUCGCCGCCUUCGUGAACAACUACGACUACGCCACGCUGAUGAUCUCGAAGGGCUUCAGCAUCAGCCAACUCUUCGAUGCGAUUCGUGAGCAAUACCUGUCGGCCGCGACGCGGCGCCCUGUGAUGAUGCUCUUCACCGACAACGACAUCAAGCAGGAGAUCUUUCUCGAGUACAUCAACUCCUUCCUCUCCAAUGGCGAGAUCGCCGGGCUCUUCGCGAGUGACCAGCGCGACUCCGCCAUCAACGAGAUUCGCGGGAUUAUGAAAAAAGACCCGUACGCCAAGUUCGAGGACAUGAGCGAGAGCUUGUGGAAGUACUUCAUCAACCGCGUGCGGGAGCGGCUUCAUUUCGUGCUGUGUUUUUCGCCCGUGGGGGAGCGGUUUCGCACCCGGGCGCGCAAAUUCCCCGCGCUCGUCUCGAGCUGCGUGAUUAAUUGGUUCUUCCCCUGGCCCAAGCAGGCCUUGUUGGAUGUCUCCUCGCGAACGAUCAAAAACUUCAACGCGGCGACGGACCCCAAAACCAAAACGGCGCUGGUGGAGCUGAUGGCGGAGAUCCACACCCUGAUGCUCGAGCGCUCCGAGGAGUAUCUUCUCCGCUACCGCCGCUCCGUCUACAGCACGCCGAAGUCCUACCUGAGCUUCAUCGACUCCUUCACGACGGUCUAUGAAAAGAAGUACUGCGAAUUGAACGAGGAGGCGAUGAAGAUCAACAGCGGGCUGAAGAAACUCCAUCAGGCCGCGGAGGACGUCCGGGUGAUGCGAACGCAGCUCCAGGAGAAGGAGUUGCUGUUGAGCAAUAAGCGAAAGGAGACGGAGGUCCUCGUGAAGGAGAUCGAGAUCCACACCGCCGAGGCGGAGAAGAAGCGGGCCGAGGUGGAGAUCGUCAAGGAGAGCGUCGCGAACGACGCCGCGAUCGUCGCGCAGGGGGAGGCCGAGGCCAAGAAAGACCUCGAGGCGGCCGAGCCCGCCCUCCUCGAGGCCAUCGAGUCCCUCAACUCCAUCACCUCGCAGGAUUUUGUGAUGUUGAAGAAGUUGGCGAACCCGCCGGCGCUGAUUAAGCGCAUCUUCGACGCAGUCUCGGUGCUGCUGCACCGCCCCCUGCUCGUCCCGGGCUGCGAGAUGGUCAAAGGCUCCUUGUGGAUUAACGACUCGUGGGACUUCAGCGGCCGCCAACUCGCCUCGGACACGUCGACCUUGGAUCUCCUCAAAGACUUCGGUCAAACCCGAAAGGACAACAUCAACGAGGAGACCUGCGAGCUCCUCCUGCCCUACCUGUGGAUGGAGGGCUUCACCGCGGACGCGGCGCGGAAGGCCUGCGGGAACGUCGCCGGGCUCUGCACGUGGGUGAGCAGCAUGUACAAGUACAUCAACAUCGCGAAGAUCGUGGCGCCGAAGAAGGAGGCCCUGCGCAUCGCCACGAUCAAACUCCGCGGGGCCAACAAGAAGAAGGAGGAGCAGGAGCAGGAGCUCGCCCGGGUGACCGCCGAGGUCCGCGAGUUCAACGCCCAACUGAUGACCGAAAAUUCGAAAAAGAAGGCCCUCGAGGACGACGCGAUGCGGACCAAACAGCGCAUGGACAGCGCGAAUGGCCUGAUCGACGCCCUGUCCGGCGAGCGCGAGCGCUGGACACAGCAAAGCAAUGAGUUCAAAACCCUCAUCACCCGCCUGGUCGGGGAUGUCGCCCUGAGCUGCGCGUUUAUCAGCUAUUGCGGGCCCUUCAACUCGGAAUUCCGCACCCAGCUGCUGUACGAGUGUUUCUACCCCAAGUGCAAGCAACUGGAGAUCCCGGUGACGCCGGAGAUCAACAUUGUGAAGUUUCUCGUCGACGAGACCACCAUCUCGGACUGGCAGCUCGAGGGCCUCCCGGCGGAUAGCCAUUCCGUGCAAAACGCGAUUAUGAUCACCACCAGCUCGAAAUUUCCGCUCAUGAUUGACCCCCAAGGGCAGGCCCUGAAUUGGAUCCGCAAGCGAACGGAAUCGCAAUUGAACAAACUCGUCCAGAUGGCCGACCGGGGCUUCUCCAAUCACCUGCAGGAGUUGAUGGAUAAGGGCGGGGCGCUGCUUAUCGAAAACAUCCCGGAGGAGAUCGACCCGAUGAUCGACCCGGUGCUGGAAAAGCAGAUCGCGCGGAGCGGCAAGAUGCAAAUCAUCCGCAUCAACGGCGAGGAGAUGACCUACAACGACAAAUUCACGAUGUUCAUGGCGACCAAACUACCGAAUCCGAACUUCACGCCCGAACUGUUCGCGAAAUGCCUCGUGAUCGACUUCACCGUCACGAUGGAGGGGCUGGAGCAGCAGCUGCUUUCCCACGUGAUCGGCCGCGAGAAGGCCGAGCUCAACGAGGAAAGCGCGAAGUUGAACGAGGACAUCAACAGCAACGAAAAGCGCCGUAAAAACCUCGAGGACCGCCUGCUCAAGCAGCUCAGCGAGUCCCAGGGCAACCUUAUCGACGACGUGGACCUGAUUAGUACCCUCCAGGAGACCAAAGACGCCUCGGCCGACAUCGCGGAGAAGCUCGCGACGGCCUUCGAAACGAAAAAGCGAAUCGCCGGGGCCUGCGAGGAAUACCGCUCCGUCGCCUGCCGCGGCGCCGUGUUGUACUUCUUGGUGGUCCAAAUGUCCCUGGUGAGUAAUAUGUACCAAACCUCCCUCGUCCAAUUCAACGGCGUCUUUGACAAUUCCAUCGUCAAGUCCGACCACCACGCCCUGACCACGAAGCGGAUCGCCAUCAUCAUCGACUAUCUUAUGCAGGCCGUUUUUAAGUACAUCAUUCGCAUGCUCUUUUCGAAGCAUCGGCUGCUUUUUGUGCUGUUGAUGGCCUGCAAGAUCGAAAUCAAGGCCGGGCGCCUCGACAACGCGGCCUUCGAGGUCUUUUUGAAGGGCGGCGGCGCGAUGCAGGUGGACCGCGCGAAGCCGUUUGGCUGGAUUAAGGAUAAGGUCUGGGCGAACAUCAACGCCGUCUCCCAGCAGGUCCCGCGCGCCUUUAAACAGCUUCCCGACCUGAUUAUUCGCAAUGAGCAGCAAUGGCGGCAAUUCAUCGAGUCGGAGUCGAUCGAGGCCCAGGUGGUGCCCGACCUCAACGACAAGAUCGACGCCUUUGAGCGUCUGGUGCUGGUGCGCGUGCUGCGCGAGGAUCGCACGAUGCUCGCGGCCACGCAGUACGUCUCGCAGAUCCUCGGCAAGGACUUCGCGGAGCCGCAGCUGCUGGAGUUGUUGGACGUGGUCGACGAGACCACCGGGGUCACCCCGAUCUUCUUCCUGCUCUCCCAGGGCUCCGACCCGACGACGCUGAUCGAGGCCUCCGCGAAAAAGCUCAAAAAGAAGGUCUACCCCAUCUCCAUGGGCCAGGGCCAGGAGGCCGCGGCGAUGAAUAUUGUGAGUAUGGCCUGGACCAACGGGGAUUGGGCGCUUUUGCAGAAUUGCCAUCUCGGCCUGCCGUUUUUAACGCAGCUGGAGGAGAAACUUCGCCUGCAGUUGAUGCCGGCGCAGCCCGGGGAGAAGAAGCCGGAGAUCCACGAGGAGGCGCGUUUGUGGAUUACGUCGGAGCCGCACAACUCGGUGCCGAUUGGGCUUUUGCAGAUGUCCAUCAAACUCACCAAUGAGCCCCCCCAAGGGAUCAAAGCCGGGCUGAUUCGGACCUAUUCGUGGAUGUCCCAGGACUAUCUCGAGAUGUUCCGCCGGCCGGAAUGGCGGCCGAUGCUCUUCACGCAGUGUUUCCUGCAUUCGCUCGUGGUGGAGCGGCGGAAGUUCGGGCCGAUCGGCUUCAGCGUCCCCUACGAGUUCAACCAGGGCGAUUGGACGGCCUCCGUGCAGUUUUUGAUCAACCACAUGACGACCAUCGGCGAGCAGAUGCGCAAUCCGGUCAACCGCGAUACCGUCUGCUAUAUGGUCUCCGACAUCCAAUACGGCGGCCGCAUCACCGACAACAGCGACCGCGCGCUCUUCAAGGCUAUCACCGAAUUCCUCUACGACCUCCACAUCACCAACCCGGACCGCUGCAAAGACGGCAAGGACCUCACGGAGUUCUACCCCGGCUAUGGCAUUCCCUUGUUUGACGAUAUCAACAAACAUCGCGAGUUUAUUCGCGAGACCUACCCCGACAUCGACACCCCGGAGGUCUUUCAGAUGCACUCCAACCAGGACAUCACCUACCGCACGCGGCAGGCGCAGGAGGUGCUGGCGACCAUCCUCGACGUCCAGCCGCGCGGGGCCGCCACCACCGGCGGCAUCACCCGCGAGGACAAAGUCCUCGCGAUGGCCGACCAGUACCUCAAACUCCUCCCCUCGGCCUGGGCGGUGGAUCGGGGGCCGCAUCUGAGCGAUCGCCAGCCCUUGUCCAUCUUCGCCGGGCAGGAAAUCGACCGGCUCUUGAAAACCAUCCAAACCGUCCGGCGGACCUGCCAGGACCUCAAGCUGGCCGUCGCGGGGACGAUCAUCCUGACCCCGGCCCUGCAGGACGCCUUGGAUAACCUCUACGACGCCCGCGUUCCGCCGUUGUGGGUGGCGGUGGGGUGGCCCUCGCCGAAUAUCGCGCUCUGGAUUAAGGAAGUCGUCCAGCGCUACGAGCAGUUGAAUAACUGGGCCUGCGUGGGGCGGCCCCCGGUGUAUUGGCUCGCGGGGUUUUUUAACCCCCAGGGGUUUUUGACCUCCGUCCGGCAGGAAAUCACGCGGAGCCAUAGCAAUGAGGCCGUGCCGUGGGCCCUCGACAAGGUCGAGACCCGCACGGAGGUCCGCUCCUCCGAGUAUCGCCCCGGGCAGGAAAACAAACCGGAGGACCUCCGCACGGAGCGAGGGGAGGUGGUGAUCCACGGCCUCUAUCUCGAAGGCGCGAUUUGGGAUAAAACCAACCGCCGGCUGAAGGACCCGCUCCCCGGCGACCUCUUCCGCGAGCUCCCGAUGUUGUUGAUCUCGGCCAUCAACAAAGACGCCCCCCCUCCUCAGCAGCCCAUCCCACUCAAACCGGGCGUCGGGGCGGUCAAGGAGAAGAAGGUCAAGCAGGAGUACUAUCGAUGCCCGGUCUAUAAAUACCCCACCCGCUCCGAUAUUAAUUGGAUCUUCGACGUGAUGCUGCCCGUCGCCGAGGACGACGCGUACUGGCGUAUGCACGGUGUCUGCCUUCUUGGCAGUGUCGAUUAA